UAAAAAAAAAUGCACUUACUAUAAAAAAAGAGAUGAGUUUAGAGUGAUGAUUGCUAUUUUAUUUAUAUUAAUUAACCUAUCUCUGAAUAUAACAGCUUCAUUAAACGCUGUGGCUGUUAUUUCUUCUAAUUACUCUAACGAAACUGUUGAUGAUUACGAUAAAAUAUUAUGUCGUGGUUGCGGUAUUGAUCUCGCUUCAUCACAGAAUAUCAUUUCUAAGUUGAGCCCUUCUUCACAGCAGUCAUUUCUUGAUACGUUGUUUAAUACAGAAAAUGUCUUAAUUCAAAUACUCCUAAGUGAAUUCUUCUUUAAUUUUCCUGUUAUAACCACUACACAUUCAAGUUGUGUUGGCGUUGGGGAGUGGGAGGACAGUGAAAAUUGGUUUCCUGAUUAUCAGUGGAAGCCUUGUGUUUGUUCAGAAUGCGGAACCUACGUUGGUUGGGUUUUUAAGCCUAUUGAUUUAGACAUAAGUGAUCCAGAUACAUUUUUUGUUCUUAUUCUGACAAACAUAAUCAGUGAAACUUUUCUUGAUUCCACAAUAAUAUAUCCUAAAUAAAUAAAUAAGCAAUGGCAUCCGAAACCUUAUCUGAAGCUGACAAACAAUUUCUAGAAACAUGUGAAGAAGAGUUAAAAGAUAGAUAUACAGAAAAUGAUGAAGAAUUUAUGAAAGUAUUUAAUGCAGAGCCUUCCGUUCCUCCGAUCGUGGAUCCGUGGUGGGUACCAAAUUCCAGAAGGAACGAUCGCCGUCACAGCAGGCGUAGCCAUCCGUAUGAAAGACCUAGUAACAGGGGCGGAAGAUAUCAAAACAGAGAUGAUUCUGGACGUGGUUACAAUGAUUAUAGCAGAGAGCAAGGAGGGUACGGCAGUCAACGAAGAAGAUAUUAUUAGGAUGAAGCUAAACCUGUAACAUAUACUUCUGUUUAUAAUGUGCCUUCUAAGAAGUAUGGUCACAAUAAUUUUACUUUUAAUGAUGUUAAUUAAAUAAAACACAACUUAUUUUUCAAAAGAAUAUAGUUUUAAUUAUUAUGGCUUGAUUUAUAUUUUAAACAACUUAGAAUUACACAAUAAAUCACCAAGAAAGUAAUGUCUACAGAGACCGCAUUAGGGAAACCAUAAUAUGUAAUGGAAUAAAUAAAAUUUUCGCUGCUACUCAACAAGUCUAAUUAUAAAUUUCAUAACAAUAAUUAUGCCGAUAAAUUAUUUAAAUCUAAUUUUAUCUAUGACGUUCCUGAUGUAUACAUGAAUGUUUGCAACAUCUGACAACACUGCUGAGAGACCUGCACCUUGGAUCAGACAUUGUAGUUUGGAAAGUUAUAAUCUUGCGAGGUCUGUAUUGACACAUGAAUAGGUACUAAUUUAAAGCAACUUGCUGUUCGUAUCUAAGUGGAGGCGCGUAGCUCGCAGUGCCUUAAGAUACAUUUUACGUCAAUAAAAUAAUAUUGUUGAAUAUCAGAUUAAUCUGAGUAAUAAACAUCAUGCUAACGAUUACUAAGCACAAUGACGAUUACAUUUAUAAAGCUUUCUAAGAGUAACUAUUUUAAACUUCAUUACUAAUCAUUUUAUAUAUUAUCGGCUACUUAUUUCAAAAUUGAAGCGCCACAUCGAAAUCAAUCUAUAUUUCUGCCUCGAUAAAUUAUAUUUGAAAACUUUAAAUUUAUAUAUCGUCUAAAAUUAUAAUCGAAAAUAUU